AUGACGACGACUACCACCACCACCACCACCACCACCAACGGAACCAACGGGGCCCAGAAUGUCGCCGCCCCCAAAAUCACCCUCUACACCAACCACAUGUGUCCCUACGCCCACCGGGCACACAUCACCCUGGAAGAACUGGGCUUACCGUACGAAGAAGUCCUGAUCGAUCUGACCACGCCGCGCCCGCAGUGGUAUCUCGAUAUCAACCCGCGGGGUCUGGUGCCUAGUAUCAAGUGAGUUUACCAAAAUCCUGAAAAAAAAAAGAAAAACCAGACGGGAGGGAGGGCGUGGUGCGUGGUGCUGACGGUACGAUGAUGCUUGUUGAAAAAAAAAGGUAUACCGUCCCGGGCAUCUACGACGAAGAAAUCCUGACCGAAAGUGCCAUUGUCGCGCAAUUCCUGGUGGAUUCCUUCCCGGGCCACCUGAUGCCCGCCUCGCGGGGAGGCGAGCCGGAUGCGCCGCUGCAGAGGGCGCGGAUCGGCUUCUUUGUCGAUACGUGGAAUUCGAAGAUUGGGAGUCAGGUACGCUUUCACCCCUCCCUCCCCUAAACCCCUUCCCCCCCAUUUCAACAUGAACUCAUAUGUAUUGUGUGUGUGCGACAGUACGCCGCCCUCCUCUUCGCCCCCACGGCCUCCGAAAAGGAAACCAAAAUCUCCAGCCUCCUGUCGGCCCUCGAAGCGGAAAUCGAACCCCUCCUCGCCACCACCUCCGCCGAGAGACCCUUCUUCGGCGGCAGCGAGCACCUCACGUUCGCCGAGGUCAUGGCGGCGCCGUUCGUGCUGCGCUGGUAUUCGCUGGCCCGAGAUGGGGAAGUGAUUCCUGCCUCGCUCGCGGAGAAAUUGGAUGCCCUGCCCAAGUUUGGGGUUUGGGCCCGGGCGGUGACGGCGCAUCCGAGCGUGAGGAAGGUUUAUCCGGAGGAGGCGGCGGUGGCGGGCACGAAGAGGAAGCCGGCGAGUAUGCAGGCGGGGAAGAAAUAG